GUGUGAUGCUUUUCCAGCUCCCCCACCCCUUUCCCCAUCACCUCUGCUGCUCUCGCAUUGAGGACGGAAUCUGGCACCGUCUGGGUUUUGUGUCAGAGGGAAGAUGUGGGUGGGUUGAAGAUCUGAGAAAGAGAGAUAUUAAUUGAAACGAUUGGUCAUCAAGGAAAGAAUACUCCGGUGAAAUCCACCUCAAGGGAGCCCAGACACUGGCUGCCGCACCAGUUAACACACACAGCUGCACACUGGUGUGAGAUCCUUUUUAUUCAUCAGUCUGCUUGGUUUUGUUUAAUCACAUUUCUUCCCUGUCUGCGUGUGAGAACGAGGUGGAGAUGGAGCAAGAGGGAGAAAGGAUGAAUUCUGAUUCUAUUGGACGGUGUCUAUUUCUCUCCCCACCCACAGCAGUUCUACCUCACCUUGGUGUCUCCCCACGCACAUCCUACCCACCUUAUCGCAAUGAAGAAAUCUACAGCCAGAGUUUCUAUGGAUUUUAUUUAUAAACAUUUACCCCCAACUAGCGAUCGUUGAGUUGACAGCAGGCUUUGCUGGUUGGGAGGGAGAGAGUACUAGGGGACAGCUGCUUCUACUCUGGUAUUUCAUGUAGAGAGGUUUUAAAAAAACACAACAAAAAAAUCAAACUGGAGGUGACAAGGCUGUACCUCCCAAGUGGAAAAAUGGAUCUGAAGGAGAGCCCCAGUGAGGACAGCCUGGGGAGCCUUCACCCCUCUAGUAUUCAGAUCUUUGCCAACACGUCCACACUCCAUGGGAUCCGGCAUAUAUUUGUGUAUGGCCCACUGACACUUCGGCGCUUUCUGUGGACAAUUGCCUUUCUAUGCUCGCUGGGCCUUCUUCUUCUGGAAAGUUCAGAGAGAGUGGCCUUUUACUUCUCCUACCAACAUGUUACCAAAGUGGACCAAGUGGUAGCAGAGAGCCUGGUCUUUCCUGCUGUUACCAUCUGUAAUCUCAACUCCUUUCGGUUCACUAAAAUCACGACCAAUGAUUUGUACCAUGCAGGAGAACUUCUGGGGCUUCUUGACGUCAAUGGUCAUAUACUUGAACCUCACUUUGCAGACCCGGAGGUCUUGGCCAUUCUUGAAGAGAAGACUAAAUUCAAGCAGUUCAAACCGAAAACCUUCUGUAUGGGGGAAUUCAUGGAGCGCACAGGCCAUGACCUGAAAGACAUGAUGCUUUAUUGCAAGUUCAGAGGACAUGAGUGUAACUACAAAGACUUUCAAACUGUGAGUACUUUUUACCUGGAUCUCUCUUUGCUCUUAAUGAGCGGACACUGCUAUCAUUAUUGGCCUAAAUAUUUAAUGGAAAUUACUUCUAUGUUGUUUAUAUAAAGCUGCUUAGAAUACUCUUAAAUUGAAAU